AUGCGUGGUACAUUCGAGGACUGGUUCAAUGCGCCGUUUGCGGAUAAGUGCGACGUGUCUCUGAACGAGGAGAAACAGCUGCUGGUGAUUCGACGCCUGCACCAGGUCUUGCAUCCCUUUAUCCUGCGUCGAAAGGAGUCUGGGGUCAUCCUGCGUCGAAAGAAGUCAGAGGUUGAGAAAUUCCUCCCUCAGAAGUGCCAACGAGUCAUCCGUCCCUUUAUUCUCCGUCGAAAAAAAUCCGAAGUCGAGAAAUUCCUCCCACAGAAGCGCCAAGUGAUCCUCAAAUGCGACAUGUCCGCAUGGCAGCGCGAGUACUACUCCCAAAUCGUCUCCGCCGGCUGCGUCGGCCUAGACGACAGCGGGGGAGGAGGCAAAUCCAGAGCGCUUCAGAACACAGCCAUGCAGCUGCGCAAGUGCUGCAACCACCCGUACCUCUUUCUACUAGACGCACUCGACCAUCCCUACCAGCCGAAUUCCCCCAACGAGCGCGUUCGGGCAAGUGGAAAGUUUGAGCUGCUGGACCGGAUUCUGCCCAAGUUACAGGCCGGGGGGCACAGGAUUUUAAUGUUCUCUCAGAUGACUAAGGUGAUGGAUUUGUUAGAGGAUUACCUGCGAUCGGUCGGCAUGCUUUAUCUGCGUCUGGACGGCAUGACCAAAACAGACGAACGAGGCCGCCUUUUACAGCUGUACAACGCUCCGGAUUCGCCGUAUUUUAUCUUCCUGCUGAGCACGCGUGCGGGCGGCCUGGGGCUGAACCUGCAAACGGCCGAUACGGUGAUUUUAUUUGAUUCUGAUUGGAAUCCACAGAUGGAUCAGCAGGCAGAGGAUCGGGCGCACAGGAUUGGGCAGAAGCGGGAGGUUCGGGUGUUUGUGCUUGUGAGCGUGGGGUCUAUAGAGGAGGAGAUUUUAGAGAGGGCAAAAAGCAAGAUGGGGAUCGACGCGAAGGUGAUUCAAGCGGGCAUGUUCAAUACCACGUCGACGGCACAGGAGAGGAGAGAGCUAUUGGAGCAGAUUAUGAAGCGAGGGAAGAUUCCCGAUUUGGCUCUUGAUUUGCCGGAUGAGAGUGAGACGAAUCGGUUGAUUUCGAGAUCGGAGGAGGAGUUUGAGAUGUUUGAGCGGAUGGAUGAGAUGCGGAGGCGGCAGUUUGGGGCGGCGCGGCUUGGACUGAUGGAAAAGGACGAGGAGGGGAGGCAGAGAGAGGAGAGGGGAGGAGGGAAGGAGGAUGGGGAGGAGCAGAGAGGGGAAGUGGGGGUGGGCAGGGCUAUGCUGUUUUUUUCUGCUGGGGUGAGUGGUGGUGGUGGUGCUGGUGCUGCUGCUGGUUACAGUGGUGGUAGUGGUGAUGGUGGUGGUGUUGUUGCUGGCGCUGGCUAUAGCGAUGGUGGUGGUAGUGGUGGUGGUGGUGAUGAUGAUGGGGAUGAUAGUGAUGGUACUGGUGCUGGUGGUGACUAUUCCGAUCGUGACUUCAGAGAGGGCAGCGGCGGCCGUUUUGGGCACAGCAGUGGAGGGUUUGGUGCUGCAGGGGCAAGAGGAGGAGGAAGAGGAGUAGGAGGAGGUUACUACAACGAGGGGAGAGGAGGUGACUAUAACGAGGGGGAGGGAGGAUUCAUGGAUGCUCACGAGGGGAAUGAAGAGAGCGAUGAAAUGGAGGGGCUAUGGGAAGAAGAGUAG